UUUCUGCUUUUGAUAACGUUUGGAAACAAUCAAACAGACAUUAUUCAUUCAGACAAAAAGCCCACUGCUCUACUUGCCAUUGGGUUUGUUCUGGUCGGGCCAAAUGUUCUGCUCCUGCUAAAAAGCACAUGGAAGUUCAUUUUCAAGAGUGCAACCAUGCCAGCUAAAAAAACAGUUUUCUGGGUAAGCAGACAUAAUGUACCACCAUAGAACCUAAUUGUUUUAGCCAUAACCUUUCUGACUUUGCCCUUUCCUCUAUAGGUCCUUUGUGUUGAAAUCCUGGUAGCAUUGGGAGCUGCAGUUCUUACAAUUGUAGCCAUGCCACACUUUGACAUUGUCACUAAUGUGAUGAUCCUAAACAGUGUGAGCAUUUUAUCCGCAGUUUUCCAGGUGGUUGCAGAGUGCCUUGCCAAAGAGAGGAAGCGUCUUAUAAUGCUCCCGGUUUUAUCUAUUAUCUUUAUAGUCCUGGGUUAUGUGUUGUUUGUGGUCAACUAUCUGGUAUUCGAAAGUUCUUUUUGUAUAACAAUUGGACUUGCCAUCUUUGGGACCAUCUGCGUUUCUAUGAACUGGUGGGAAAACUACAGUACACUUUUUAACAGUUUACACCUAAAGGGGAUAUCCAAAGACAUUGGCAAAUCUCGUAAUGCAGUGAACAUCAUCUCCAGCUUGACAAGAAUCCUGAUUACUUCAGCUGUGAUUGGAGCGUAUGUCACUCUAACAGGUGAUGGCUGGAAUUCAGUCAAACUUGUCUUUGAAACGGUUGUCAUUGCAUUGGUUGUCAUCCAGACUCUAUCCUCAGCCUUGUGUCGCUGGUUUGUGGUCGUGGCUUGCAAGAUGCACGCUUUGCGACGUAGUUUUUUUAUGCCCAUGUACUUUGCCUCAGUUAUAGUUUUGGCAGUGUUUUUGUCUCCACUUGUAGUCAAGUUCCCUGUGUCUAAUUACACUUCAAUCCCUCUAGACAAAAGUGAAUCCAGUGUAGAGUGGGUGAAGUUGUUGCUGGCCGAUGCCAUAAAAACUUUACUCACCAGAGACAUUGUGGUAAACAUGAAAACAGAAGGACUGGUCUGUUUAGGCUGUUCUGCUCUCUUCUGGUGGCUGGGACUUGUGCUUAGCACAGUUUAUAUCUGGUUCCUAAAGAUCCAUCGAAUUGAAAGAACCCAAGAUCUGUUUGUGCAACGCAUGUAUGAAGGAGCGUUUUUGGAGCAGUCCUUGUUGCUGAACACUCGUUUUGAAAUCAGAAAGAAAAUCAAGGACAAAAAGUGUGCACAAAUUAUCCGAGUGUUUCUAUGUGCUACAAUGUGGCAUGAAACCUAUGAUGAAAUGAUGAAGAUAAUCAUCUCUAUGUUCAGACUUGAUGCAUAUAGGCCCAAAACCGGAAAACACAGCGAUAUUGAGUUUGAAUUUCAUGUUUAUUUUGAUGACGCUUUCAAGGAUGACAGUAAUCAAAGGGAGCGCCUUGCAAAUGAAUACGUUGAAAUUCUUGUGGAAGUUAUUAAAGAAGUUUACAUCAUUUUUAGUGAGGAGGAUCCAUGUGUCUUCAAGAAGAUGCAACCAUUACCAACCCAGAAGAUCAUAAGCACUCCUUAUGGAGGUCGGCUGGAAUACACACUUCCAAAAGGCAAUGUCAUGAUGGUUCACCUCAAAGACAAGCAACUUAUCCGUCACAAAAAAAGAUGGUCUCAGAUAAUGUACUUGUAUUACAUUCUUGGCUGGAGACUUAACAAACAGUACUAUGAGAAAUUUGAGGCAGGUGAAGAACCGGAUUUGCUUAAAGAAAAACUAAAGAGAGAAAGAGAGAACACAUAUAUCCUGGCUCUGGAUGGGGAUACAGAUUUCCAGCCUUCUGCAGUCAUGCUGUUAAUUGACAGACUUAAACUCUACCCAGAGGUCGGAGCCGCCUGUGGCAGGAUUCAUCCCACAGGCACAGGACCGAUGGUGUGGUAUCAGAAGUUUGAAUACGCUGUAGGCCACUGGCUGCAAAAGACUGCCGAGCAUGUAUUCGGUUGUGUGCUCUGCAGUCCUGGAUGUUUUAGUCUUUUCAGAGGAGCUGCACUUGUGGAAGACAACGUCAUGAAGAGAUACACAACCAAAGCCAGUGAAGCCAGCCAUUAUGUCCAAUAUGAUCAAGGUGAGGACCGCUGGUUGUGCACUCUGUUGCUGCAGCAGGGUUGGAGAGUGGAGUACAAUGCAGCAUCUGAUGCCUACACCAAUGCUCCACAGGAUUUUAAAGAGUUCUACAACCAACGCAGGCGCUGGGGACCUUCUACCAUGGCCAACACUAUUGACCUCCUGGGCUCAGGACAACUGACUUCUCAAAGGAACAGCUCUAUCUCAAAACUUUAUAUAUUGUACCAGAUUAUCAGCAUGGCAGCUUCCAUCUUGGGUCCUGCUACUAUCUGCCUCAUGAUAUCAGGAAGCUUUGUGUUCAUAUUCAAUAUGAAUGAAAAUACUGCCCUUGCUUUGGCGAUAGUGCCCCCUACGGUCUACCUUAUCCUGUGCUUCAAACUGAAAUCUGAUACACAGAUUAGAAUUGCAGCAAUCAUGAGCAUUAUCUAUGCAUUUCUCAUGGCUGGAACAAUUCUCUCUAUCAUCGGUGAUUUAGUCAAGCAAAAUACUUUUCUGACCCCUAGUGGUCUGUUUCUCAUUGGCAUGGUCAUGCUGUACGUCAUCACAGCAGCUUUGCACCCUCAGGAGUUCUCACUGGUUGUCUAUGGUUUGCUAUACUUCAUCUGCAUUCCCAGUGGCUAUCUGCUAUUAGCCAUUUACUCCAUUGUCAACAUGAACAAUGUCUCAUGGGGGACUCGUGAGUCCGGCGGCCAGACGAAGACUUCUGCAGUGAACAGUCUCAAGAAGAAGUUUAUGAACGCCACAUGCUGCAAAUGUCCAUGCUUGGAAUAUGAAGAUGAAACUAGCAAGGAGAUAUUACCAGCAGAAACCAUAACAAAAACUGAAACGUCACAAAUUACCUUGGAUAUACAAAGUGCAAAUGUCUUCCCAACCAGUCCUUACAGUUUAGAUCGAAAACCUUGGAUUCAACGUUUGCAGCCAAAAUUUGGUUUUUGGUUGAAGAGUAAAUCCGAAUGCAAACUUUCUACAGAUGAAGUCAGUUUUUGGAUGGAAAUGCAAAACAAAUAUCUGGAACCUCUUAUGGAAAAUAAAGAACAACAAGAAAAAAUAGCUAAUGAUCUGAGAGAACUUCGAAAUAAGGUUACAUUUGUCUUUUUCUUCUGCAAUGCACUUUGGCUAGCGGCAACUUUCUUCCUUCAAACAAUUGGUGAUGCGGUCUCUAUAAAGAUCCCAAAAAUCUACCCCAAUGGGACUCAUUCUUCAACAGAAACGUUGUCUCUUGAUCCGAUUGCGCUGAUGUUUCUACUCAGUUUUGCAGUACUGCUGAUAAUGCAGUUUCUUGGAAUGCUUUAUCACAGGAUUUACACAUUAAUCCAUUAUGUGGCUUAUGCUGAUACAGAAAUUAAAGCCCAUAGAAAGCAGUCAGAACAGGUUGCACAAAUCGUGGACUCAAACCACCAUCAAGAGACUACGGAGGAUGAUGGAACAUUAUGGUUUCAGAACCCCUCUACCAUAGGACACAUAACUGCUGUAUAGAAGUUUGGAUUUAACUCUCAUUAAUGCUGUAUAAAAUAAAUAUUUAUUUAAAUCUGAAUGUAUUGUAUGUUGUGGCCUAAACUAUUAUGUUGGUCAAUUAUUUAUGUAUAAACUGAAUUCUCAAAAUAAAAUAUUGUAUAACUGUUAAA